CUAGCAGGCGACACUGAUUUUGUUGGCCCUCUUAUCGACGGAACACUUAAUAUCGGCAAGACCACUUUGAUUUUCUCUCUUACCAUAGUUUACGUUUGUAAACAGGACGAUUUAGACGUGGACCUAAAUGGAAGUGACAUAUCUAUAAUAAUACACAACGUGGUUUAUCGCAGUCAAUUGUUAUUUAUUCUUCAAGAUAGAUCAACGCGGCAUCUGCCUUUGAUUUUGAUCGAUUAUUUUUAUGAAAAUACCAGCGUAUAAAGCCGCUUUUCUCUGCGUUGUUACAUUCGGAGCAUCUCGAAUAUGACUCUGUAAAUAAUACAAACGUCAAACUUGUUAAUAAAAUCUAUGUGAAAUACCGGAAUAUUUUUCAAUUUAGCUGUGGAGUUUUGGCGCACAUAUUUAAGGAUUUUACUUGUAAAAUACAAAUAUUGGAUAUUUUUUAAAUCUGAUAAAAUAUAAAUUUUCAAAAUGUUAAAGAGACUUCGCGAAGCUUCAAUUAGUCAGGACAGUGCUACAACCAGCAGCAAGCAAAUUACUGUGACGUCACCAAGAGAGUCCAAAAACCCAACUCCUUUACCACCGCUGCAACAUGCGCAAACCACAAAACCUGUUCUUGGUCAAACCGGACGAGGGCCGAGCCUUCUUGGUCUUCUGGCAGCUAAACGUUUCACAAGAAAUCUCAGAAACAAGUACCAUCGCUCAGGCAGCAUUUAUGGAUCUUCACGUUAUUCCAACUCAAUUCAUGUUCAGCGCGAACCAACCUACCGGAUGGAACCGAAACAUAAAUUUAAUUCAGAAGAGGCGGAAGGUGUGCUAAAGUCAAUUAUAGAUCAGAGAAUGAAAGGGUUCAAGUACCAUCCUAAAUUUUGUUCGAAUAUGUGUAAACUUCUUACUGAUGAAAUCAAAGACGGGGUCAAGAAACUGAAAUACGACCGUUAUAAGAUAGUAGCUGUUGUUCACAUAGGUGAAAGAAGGGAUCAAAGCACUAUCGUUGCUAGCCGAUGUGCCUGGGACAAAAAGUUGGACGACUUCGCAACAUAUACACUGGAAACUCCGUCGCUAUUUUGCACAGCUUCUGUGUUCGGAAUUUAUAAUGAAUAGAUUCUCCUAGAACAUUGAUACUGACAAAAGAAUGUGAUGUACUUGGACUUUUUUAUAUUCGUAUAAACCUUUAACACUGUCAAAAAACUUUAAAGUCUUUCAUUGAAUGCAGUGUGCGAUUUGAUUAGUAAAGAAUAAUUUCCGAAUCAAUCUUGCUAUUGCAUUCUUCUCUUAUUGAUAAAUGAUGAGCAUCUGAUCCAAGAUGAAAUAAAUUUUCUAUUCUGAAAUGAUCAUUUCUUUGAUAGAAGUUUUAAUAUAAUGAAUGACGAAUGAUCAUAAUAUGAAACUAAUUUAUUUGUUUUUAAUUGGUUUUAAUGUAAAUAAUUGUACAUAUUAUUUAUAUACGAUUUUCACAUAAAUAAUCAUUUCUUUUA